UGGUCACCCCUCACUGAGGGAAUUUCAGAAAACUGGGGUAAUUGUUUUCUACAUUCAACAGAUUGCCAACACAUUAUUAACUGGCAGCCUUUGUGGCGUCAUAGAGUAUUAUGCUUAUUGAUUGUUUGAGUGUGUCUAUUCAGGGAUGAUUCAAGCUGCCAUCAAAUUACAUAUUUGACCUUCAGUGACAAUGUCCUUAAUUUACAUUGCUUAGUAAUAGACUUAUUAAAACUCUUGGAAAAUCCAAUUUGGAGAGCAGUUUGCCAUUGCUGCAUCAUUAGUAUUGAAAUGCACGUAAAGACCAACCAUCUGCUUAAAGUAGUUAAACCUUUGUCGUGUACAAACGCAGGACAUGUUACACUCCCCAAAUCAUCAUGGAUAGAAACCCAGAUAAUAUUAAACAUGUUUGCACAUUGCACAAUGAAUAUUUAUUGCAUGCCACUGGUUUCCAGAGUCAUGGGGUACAAUGCUGGAAGUUUAUUCUUUGACUAAUGAAUAAUCCACAUUGUACUUACAGUAGUAGCAGUAGGUUAGGUAUUGCAAGACUAAGCAUGAUGUUAUGUUAACAUGUUUGCAAUAUUAAGACAUUCUGCAUCACUGAAGAGUGACAUGUUCAACAUGACAUUAGAUCCAUAUGCUUUAUUCUUUAUGACUUGGUUGAUCAUGGCUGAUUAAGUCUGUCACAGCAAAGGGUUAAAACUUCAUUCAUAACCUUUUUGGGGGCAAAAUACUAUUUUUCAAGAGUCCUGAUACAGCAAAACAGCACUAACAAUUUGACACAUACCAUGAUAAUACCUUGUUUUUGGAUGUGUACCAUGGUAAUACCAUAUUUGGACGUGUAGCAGGUUAAUAUUGUUCCAUGGUUUUUUAGAGUCUACCAGGGUAAUACCAUGUUCUUUAGAUCUGUACCAUGGUAAUGCCACAUUUUGUGUAAGUGUAGCCUACCAUUGUAAUACCAUUGUGUUUGGACGUGAACCAUGGUAACAGCAUGUUUUAUGGACAUGUAACAUAGUAAUGUCAUACUGUUUGGAAGGGUAACAUGGUGGUGCCAUUAUUAUUAUUAUUAUUAUUGGACGUGCAUGGUAAUACCAUGUGUUUUUUGUUUUUUUUGGAUAUGGUAAUAAUAUGUUUUUAUACAAUGGUGAUAUAUGAUACACUUAGUACACAAUCAGUUAAAAGUUUGGACACACUUGACUGAAUUUAUGUUUCUCGUUAUUUUAAAAACAUUUGAUCUUAAGGCGUAUGUUUAAAUACUUGAAGUAAACAUAAAGAGUCUCUCUCUCUCUCUCUCUCUCUCUCUCUCUCUCUUUCUCUCUCAUAUAUACCGUAUAUACCGUUUUUUAAAAGCGGAGUCGCGAGUACAGUAAACAGAUGACAGAGUCCCGUUGCCAUAGAAAGACCACGCCACUGCACCUGUUGGGUAUUAGCUAACCGGCUAACGAACUUGCUCUUUAAUUGUUAAAGAGGUUUUACAGCAGAUAAAUGACAAAACGCGAAUGGCUAUAGUCUUAAUAAGGCAUGUUUUAACAUUGUUUUUUGUUAUUAUGUAUGAACGUGGUUGAAAGGGUACAUUGGCUAGUCUGUUAAGAUAACGUUAUGAAAGCAAUUGCUAGCUGAUAUAGCUGAUAGUUUAUAAAAGCAUAAUUGUGCUGAUUUAGUUAUAAAUCACGUCUCGUGCUUUUGAAGACGACAGAAUAAAACAAAUCUUUCAAAAUUCAGCCUUUGGAAACAUGUUCAGGAACGACUAUCAGGGUGGAUGCAUUGUUGACAUCUUCAGUGCUCAAGGAAAAGAUCCUGUGGCCAAAUGGAAACUAUAUGGAAGGAAACCUUCAAUAACUAAAGUAUUUGAUAAAGAACUAAAGGGUUUUGUAUACAGUCUUGAAGGCAGCGGUCAAACCCACAAGAUGCAGUUACCUAAGGAUGGCAAGAUAGCUCUUGGUCUGAUUCAGAAGUUCCUGAUUCUGCAAGUCAAUGUUCCUUUGGGAAAAGACUUCUCCACUGAGUUUCUGUAAGUACCAUUAUUUCAUUAUUUUUUAUAAUGUAUACCAUUUCUUGAAGCUACUGAAAAAAAUACAUGUUAUGCUGCUACUGUAUGUCUAAUUAUCAUUGCUAUAGAUGAAAUUCUGUGAAAGUGUAAAGAGUAUUACCAUGGAGAGUGAAUUAAUUCACACUGUCAUGCAUAUAGAUAUCAUACACACACACACACACACACACACACAUUUGUGUGGCUAUCCUUAUGAGGACUCUCCAUAGAAAUAAUGAUUUUUGUACAGUACGAAUUAUAGAUUCUAUACCCUAACCCUACUCCUUCCCCUAAACAUAACCCUCACAAAAAACGUUCUGCAUAUUUACAUUUAAAAAAAAACCAUUGUUUAUUAUGUUAAGCGAUUUAUAUUAUGGGGACACUAUAAUUGUCCUCAUAAACCACAUUUAUAGCAAAAUCCACUAGUAAUUACCAGUUUGUAACCUUAAAC